UUUCAAAUUUUGUGUUUCUUCCUUCCCAUAUGUCACAACGGCAGAAAGAAGUUGAAACAAAAACCCCAAACCUCAACCUUUUGCUUGUGUUGGCAAUGGCAUUUGGCUUUUCUCACCUCUUCCCCUUCUUCUUCUUCUUUUCUUCUUCUUUUACUCUUUACCUUCUCCCUAACAAAAAAACCCAACUCAGCAUUCUAUGGCUUUUUCCUCAACCUCUGUUUCUUCGUAAAACAACAAUCUUUUGCUAUUUUUGAGGAUGGAUACAGAUAAUCAUGUAUUUAUUUCGUGGGAAGAGCGCGUUGUUUCUCAGGGGAAGGACCAUCGUGUUGUGCACUUCUACUUGAAGGAUUCAUCGUGGGGAUAAUCCUUGCUGUGGUGGGUACUGAAAGAAGUGCAAGACACAUGGUAUAUGUUAUCUCAGAGGAUUAUUUGGAUGCUUUUGGGCAUACAAGUAGCAUAAAUUCUGAAACAAAGUGGCGUGCAAAACGAGAUGUAGUGGAAUGGCUGACGUUUUUGAUUUCAAAGCAUCACAGAUCACCACCUAUUUCAAAUACCCCGAGAAGUGAAAGGAGAAGUGCGUUAAUGGCUGGUAACCAGAUAGCAAAAGCCAAACCACCAACUUACCCGAAGUUAAAAAUAAAUUUCCAAGCAUCGGACCGGUUGGAAUUCAGCUUGUUGAGCCUCAAUAUAAGCUGUCUUUUGAAGUUGGUGACAACUAAGAGGCUCUUUGCCAGGAUAGUGUCAUGAAAGGCUGCUGGUUCAGGUGUAAGGUCUUACAGGUAUCACAAAAAUGUAUGAAAGUUCAAUAUGAUGACAUCCAAGAUUCUGAUGGUUCUGAAAAACUCGAGGAAUGGAUUCCUUCCAACAGAGUUGGAGGCUCUGAUAAAUUGGGCAUGAGAUGCACAGGACGCCUCACAAUCCGGCCCCGGCCUCUGGAGGAUUCUUCAGCCCAUUCUUUUGAAGUAGGAGCUGCAGUUGAUGCUUGGUUGUCAGACAGGUGGUGGGAAGGUGUUAUUGCUGAAUUUGAUGUCUGUGGAAGCGGUCAUCAUCAGGUUUACUUCCCUGGAGAGAACAUGUUAGUGGAGAUUCAAAGGAAGAACCUGAGGACUUCAAGAGAUUGGAUAGAUGACAAAAGGGUUGACGUUAAGGGAAAGAAAGAUAUAAAGUUGUUCAUAAGCUCAAGUUUAAAUGAUGUAUCCAAGUGCAGUAUCAAAAGACGUGGAAACUGUGAAAAUCAGAUGGCUCCCAAGCUUGUGGAACCUGAAGUCAAUAAAAUGGCGUCAACUUCUAAACACAGUGGAGAAGCAACACACUGAUGCGCUUAAACUGAAAAAGCAAUGGUUUAUUGAUUUUCUUGCAGGUAUCAAGAACUGAUUUCAGACAAUUCUACAAGUGAUAAUGCUGGCGUCUAGGAGUCAUCAGUUCUUUUUGAUAAUGAUGAAAUGAUUUUGGCACUUGGGUGAAUUCUGACUUGUACAUUCAAAGAGGAGGUCCCAAACCGGCUCAUCUCUUUUCGAGCCGCACACGCUCUCCCUCGGCAAUAUAAAAUAAUCCUAGCAUUCAAAUCCAACACAAAAGGCAAAUUGCCAACAGAGGAAGAAGUCAAAAGGCAUCAAAGCAAAUGAAUGUUGUUUAUGAGAUAUUAUUGUGGAGGGUGAGACUGGUGGCUGACGAGUCUGUUCGCAUUGAUUCUGUUGCUAAGAUACCCCGACUAGUGAAAGGAGAAGAAGUGCUGUAAUGGCUGGUCAUUUAGCUGAUGAGGGACAGCUUCCUAAUAAAUUGAAAGCAAAAAAAUCAAAUAUUUUGUGGUCAGGUACUGCUUGGACCUGCGCCAAGCAACUUACGCAUUAUCCUUCUUUUAGCAGAAAUGGAACUACAAUAACUGUUAAUUCCUUCGCUAUAAUCACGGUCGAAGAAGAAAGUCAGUAUCUAGGUUACUUGGAAGACUUUUAUGAGAACAAAAAGGGACAGAGAAGAGUGAAGGUGCGGCGUUUCGAACAUUUUCAGGAAGUCAAGUGUAUAAUUCCAAAGCUUGAGGGACACCCUAGAGAAGUACAUAUCACGUCUCAUGUUCAGGUGAUCCAAGCCAAUUGUAUUGAUGCUCUUGCUACAGUUUUGACUCCCGGAGAUUAUGAGAAAUAUAUCUCUUUUGUCCCCAAAAAAUUGUCCUCUGGUGUCUAUAUGUGCUAUAGGGAAUUCAAAAACAACAAGGUCGCGCCAUUCUCUCUGAGUGAAUUGGAAGGCUACUAUAAUCAAAUGAUGUUUACCAUGUCUCGCAGUCAACAAGCCCAGCUUAAGUCAAAGGGUCAUAUGUUGCACGAAGUAAAAGAUAUAACCCGAGAAGAUCCUUCAACGCAAAGACUUAGGGGGAGUAGAAGUGUCGACGAGAGUGGCCAUUCUGGUAUCAGAAAGCCAAUUCCUGGUAAACAGAUAGCAAAAGCCAAACCACCAACUUGCCCAAUGUUAAACAUAAAUUUUCCAAGCAUAGGAUCGGUUGGAAUUCAGCUUGUUGAGCCUCAAUGUAAGUUGUCUUUUGAAGUUGGUGACUACUUAGAGGUUCUUUGCCAGGAUAGUGGCAUGAGAGGUUGCUGGUUCAGGUGUAAGGUCUUACAGGUAUCACAAAAACGAAUGAAAGUUCAAUAUGAUGACAUCCAGGAUUGUGAUGGUCCUGAAAAGCUUGAGGAAUGGGUUCCUUCCUACAGAGUUGCAGCCUCUGAUAAAUUGGGCAUGAGAUGCACAGGACGCCUCACAGUUCGGCCCCGGCCUCUGGAGGAUUCUUCUGACAUUUUUUUUGAAGUAGGAGCUGCAGUUGAUGCUUGGUGGUUUGACGGGUGGUGGGAAGGUGUUGUUGCUGGAUUUGAUGUCUGUGGAAGCGGUCAUCAUCAGGUUUACUUCCCUGGUGAGAACAUGUUAUUGGAGAUUCAAAGGAAGAACCUGAGGACUUCAAGAGAUUGGAUAGAUGACAAAUGGGUUGAAGUUAAGGGAAAGAAAGAUAUAAAGUCGUUCAUAAGCUCGAGUUUAGCUGAAUUAUCCAAGUGCAGUAUCAAAGAACCUGGGAACUGUGAAAAUCAGAUGGCUCCCAAGCUUGUGGCAAUGAAGACAACAAACUGCUGUCAACUUCUAAACUAUCUGCUGAGAAGCAAGACAAUGAUGCUCUUAAACUGAAAAAGCGAUGAUGUAUUGAUUUUCUUGCAGUUGAUGGCAUCCUUACUCAAACGUGCAAUGGAGCAGUCUCACCUCUUUUCAACUUCCAUCUGGAAUGAGAAGGGCUAAACACAAGAAAAUAAUCCUGGAGGUGCAACGCUUCCUUGGGAAAGAGAAGGUCAAUUGGCCCUUAAUUUGGGCGGUGGGGGCAAGGGAGCCGAGGGUUUAUAGAAAAUAGUCUCUCUAUCUCUAUGAGGUAGAGUUAAGGGUGGUGUAGGAUUACACUGGGUAUGUUGUUGUUGUUGUUGCAAUGGGGAUGUUUCAUGUAGCAUUCAACGAAUAUGAAGCCAUCCUUCUCAAGAAGAUAUUAUUGUGGAGAGUGAGACUGGUGGUUGAUGAGUCCGUUCGCAUCGAUUCUGUUGCUGAGAUACCCCAACAAGUGAAAGGAGAAGAAGUGCUGUAAUGGCUGGUCACUUGGCUGAUGAGGUCUCAAAUAUGUUGAUCUACUCGUUUUAUAUUAGUUUCAAAAAAACUACAGUUACUGAAGGGGAAACUAUCUGUUUCAGGGACAGCUUCCUAACAAAUUUAAAGAAAAACAAAUCAAAUAUUUUGUGGUCAGGUACUGCUUGGACCUGCGCCAAGCAACUUACGCAUUAUCCUUCUUUUAGCAGAAAUGGAACUACAAUAACUGUUAAUUCCUUCGCUAUAGUCACGGUCGAAGAAGAAAGUCAGUACCUAGGUUACUUGGAAGAAAGUUUGAUUGUGAUCUUUCUACUGUCUGGCUAUGAUCUGUUGCAUUUCUAAGUAGGGUUGAAUCUUUAAUAGGCCUAGUUGAUCAAUACGAGUCCGCCCUUUGCUUCUUACACCAUUUUAAGAUUUCAAUUGAACAAUAAACCUUUUUUCUUUUAUUUUUAUUUUACGGCUGGAUGUUGCAAAGAUCUAUUGUGUUGAAUAUGCUGUAUGCAGUUUGAAUCU